AUGCCUUCUUCCAAGAAGAAGCUCUCGUUCUCGCUCACGCGACUAAAGGUCAAAAAGAUAUUCCGGUCCAUCAAGAGUCCAUUCCGAAAGGACGAACGCGUCAGAGACGAACCUGCUACAACUCCUGUGGUAAACCAAAAUGUUCGAGAUGUUGUUCGUGAGGACUCUGAGGAGCUAGAUGUCGACAAAAAGACAGCCAUUCACCGUCGAGAACAAACGCCACCCGCCAGCAGUGAUGAUAACUCUUGCACAUUGCUGUCUGACAAAGAGUCUGAUAGCUCUUCCGGGUCCGAGAUUUAUUUCGAUGCCCAAGAAACCAUUCUUGACUCUAGCAAUCAGGAGGAGACUGCGGUUCAUGAUGAUGAAACCGAACCCGUGAGCAGCAUAAUCGCUCAACACCAUCAAGCCAACAUCCCUGGCAGAGAAGAGGAAAAAGACAUGACCAAAAACGACACGGGGCUCGACCAACAGCAGCAGCAGGACGCUCACCUGACUCUGCAAAAGCUCGCCCCAGAAUUGAUAAUCGAGAUCAUGCUUCUUCUUCCACACAGCAGCCUUUAUCUUCUCCAACAGACAUGUCAAAAGUUUCGCCAGCUCUCAAAGCGAGACACUUUCAAGACAUUCAACCUCGAGUUUCGAGACGGACCUGAGAGCUAUUGUAUCAGCGAGAAUGGCUACCAACAACGAAAGGUCAUUCGAGACAUCCUUGCUCGCAGCACUCUCUGUCAAGAAUGUAACGCCCACCGCGAUUCGGGCAAGUUGCUAGAAGUGAUGCACAAGCUCUACGAGCUGCAACACUGUCACGGAUGUAAAGCCAGUCAUCCUGCGCUGUUCUUCUCUCCCGAGGAGAAAGGGAAACAAUACACGCAGUGCUUGGGUCGAAUCGGAACUUUUCCGCUCUGCUCGCAUGAGUCUUUUGCAGGCCCCGAUAUGGUCACUCUUUCCAAUGCCGGUGGAAAGGAAAGAUCGAUAGCGUGCGAGGAUUCGAGCCAUAAAAUAUCCCCUGACUCCUUCUACGAGACAAAAUACGCGCCCAGAGGUUUCCUCGACAUCGGGUUAGCUUUGGAUAGUGGGCCAAUGAAGCACUACUUGUAUUUCAUACUCGAAACAACUAUUCACCUCGUCGUUCUUGAUGGAUGCUCAGACAUAUGUACGGAAGAAGCUAUUCGGCAGCUAAAAAAUGGUCAAUACACCGUGGGCGACGCAAAAGCUCUAUGCAAGCAUUUCUCUAGCGAGAUCCUCGAAGAGUGUGUGGCCUCCGAUCCAUCCAAGUGUUCAUGCUUCCCACGAUCAGAGACAGGACUUCAAAAACGCACGCUCGUUUGCAAUGUUCCCAACGCAAUCUGCCAGAUUUGCGGCGCAGAGUAUCAUCUAAGUCUGAGGCAAGACAGAACCAUAAGAUCGGCGGAAACAAAGCCUCGCGGAAAAACAAUCAUAGACCUGGAGAUCAAAAGACAUAUUCGCCUGAGAACCUUCCUCCACCCCUUGUGGCUUUUCAAUCUCAACUACAACCAGGAUAAGGAUUGCGACUCACGGCUCAAACGAAACCCUCUACUGGACGAAGAAAUGAAACACAUGCUCUGGUGCGACAAUUCUUGUUGCGCGACAGGGUCUGGCCGCCGAUGGGAGAAAAUGGCACUGCUGUAUUUGAACGAUGCUUUCAACAUGGGGGCACUGCAAGAUGGUAACUACGGCGAUGACGCUCGGGCUAGAGAUACGGCUUGGCUGUCGCUUGAGUACGAUGUAUUUAACGGCUUGACAGCCUGA